AUGGACCUCACCGGACAAAGCACUGCACAAUUGAACUCCAGGCAAAGAAAAAAAGGGUACAGAAGAAGCUCGCAGCAAAGACGCAAUUCCACUGGACAGGAAGGAGAAGAAGGCUUACAGCGAAAGAAGAGGGAGAGAAAAAGGCGAACGGCACAAGAUCCUAAACCAGCAACCAACAGCGAAGACGGCACCUCUUUGUCAAAGAAAGAGAAAGAGGAGCUGCAAAGAGAGAGCAGCGGGGCAGCAGAAGCACAUGGGAUACUGGCAGCGAGGCCAGGUGGGAAGCUAACGCGCAAGGCGCGAAGGACUGAAUGCUUCCAAUCCACAUGCCGGGCACGUGAGAGGGGAGCUGCAAAGAGAAGCAGCGGGGCAGCGAGGAAUACUGGCAGCGAGGGCAGCAGAAGCACAUGGAUACUGGCUGACAGAAGAAAGAGAAAGAGGAGCUGCAAAGAGAAGCAGCGGGGCAGCAGAAGCACAUGGGAUACUGGCAGCGAGGCCAGGUGGGAAGCUAACGCGCAAGGCGCGAAGGACUGA